AUGGCUGCUUGGCCUGGAUGUAAAGCUGGGGUCAUCCAGCUGGAUUUACCACUGCCCCACGAGCAAGCACUUAACCUUGACUUUGAAUAUGGCAUCGUCUUCCUCCUCAUCCUCUUCAAAGAUGUCGAUAAUCUCAACUGCUUCUACUGGGGCUGGCCAUCUCGGCUGCCGGUGAUGGCACUGGUGGCCGUCCUGCUUCCAUCCUUGCGGGGUGGACAACUGCCUACUGCUCCUGCUCAACCCCCGCUUCAGGAGACCACGCCUGUCGAGAUCAUCGAUAUUUCCGACGAUGAUGAGGAGAUCUACUGGGAUCUCCUGAGGAGGGAGAGCGAUGAGGAGGAGCAGGCAUCUGCAGAGAAGCCAGCAUCUUUGGUGGGUUCGCCGCCGCCUGUCUCCAUCGUGCCUCAGAGCCCCCCAUUGCCUCUUCGCCGCCCUCCGCCCUAUCCUCUGUGUGCCGCCGCACUUGGAGCACCACCUCCCUUGUCCCCGAUGCACCACCUCGGCCUCCCCACACGCCGCCCAACCUCCUUGUCCUCGACGUGCUGCCCCAUUCUCCCCACGCAUCGCCCGGCCUCCUCGUCCCCGAUGCGCCGCCCCAGCCACCUCAUCCCCGAUGCACCCUGGCCUCCCCACGCACCACCUCCCUCGUUGUCGCCGUCAAGCCCACCAGCACCACCGUCCACUGCCGCUGCCUAG